AUGGCCCUUCGCCUCAGCGCCUGGCUUGAAGAAACGUUCGAGUCCCAGCUGCUGCUAGGCAACCAGUGGCUCCAGGACACAUUUGAGAGGAAGCGGUCUGGCGUUAAAGCCCAAUUGCACAGGCAGUGGGACGUGUACCACGAUAACGGCUCGUCCCUGGAUAUCAUCAACUACGUUCACUCGGACCGCAACAGCGCACUGUUGUUGUACCAGGUCGCGCCUCUUACACUCACCGACGGCCAAGUUCAGAUCCUCUCCCAAUUCACGCCCAACUGCGCUCGGAACUUCCACCAAGAAAUCCCCGCGCUAUCGCACCUGUCCAUCGGCACCACAGUAGCCGUCCGCACCUUCACUAUCCGCCUCACCUCGUACGGCCCGUCGCGCGAAAGACUGCGCUUGAUACUAGAUCGGAUCGAUUGGCUGGGCGAUAAUCGCGAACGGGUACAGAAUCUGAGGCGUGAGACAGUCGACGACGCUAUGGCGGAUAACAUGGGUUCAGAUGGAAACAUGCCGCAUGGCAACGAGCUCCAAUCACAGAUGAUGGGCACACAACUGCCAUUUGGAACACAACUGCCUCUCCCAUCCCGUCCUCAUGCAGGCAACGAGGAGCUACAGGUCAUAGGAGUGAACCGGCUGGAGCCAGUCCUAGGCGGUAACACCCAACGAAAAGAGAUACGGCCAGGUGCUGCUAACACAGACUACGAGAAACGUCAAGAAAUGCAACUGCUAGGUCUUCUCGGCAGACUUCCCAAUCCAAACGCUCGCAAACCUGGAGCGACCUCUGCGAACGGUUUCGUGCAGUCGGCUUUCGGUAAGCAGCAAAGUGACGCUACGCCAGCUGUAGAUGAAUCUCUAGAAGUACCGUCAGAUGCAUCGCAGCAACAUUCGAAAAACUCCGAACCAGAAGCCGGGAACGAAGAACCCUCACCAUCUGUGUCCAAUCAUGAGAGAAAGAGGGUCAAGAGGGUCCGCGAGUUAUCGCCCGAAUCUGCAAAAGCUACUGAAAAUGUUCGGAAUGAGGAGCAAACCAUUGAACAAAGCCUGAUCGAGGAUGACAGUGAGACAGUGCCUCCGUGCUCUUGGAUGGCAGACUUGAUCUUCAAUAGCGAGACGCUAAAGGUACCGAAAAUCCAGCGGCACUGUCUGGACAGGGAGACUAGUUGGCUAAAACCUCAACCCGGGGUUCAGCCUUUCCAGGCUGGAAACAUGCCCCAAUCAAUACUCAUGGCUUGUCAUCGGAUGGCUGACGAAAGAGCUGGCGCUGAAACUGACGAUGAAUCGGACCCAGAUCCGUCGGCAGAGACUGUCGAUCCAUCGCCCAAGUCUCUGCAACAAAAGACGCAAGAUGAUGAACCUGCCAUUACCAAGAAUGAUAGAUCUGCGAGUACGAAAGAUGAUGAGCCCGAGACUACUCAAGACGACAGUGAUAUUGGUAGCGAGAUAUCCUGGGACACAUCCCCAGAGCCUCCAUCACGUCCAGCAAGAGCCCACCAGGAACUUCCUCCGGACUCAAGUAUUGAGAAGCCUGCAUCUCAGUCCAAACACGAUUCUGCGUCACAGCGGAUCCCCGCGAGCAAGCAGUCACAAAAUUGUUCUGUCGUUGAAAUUUCAGAUGGCGAUGAGCCAACUCGUCCACCAUCUUCGCCACCCGUUCUAGCUGCACCCGCAGACUCUGACGAUGAAAUGAACAUGGAAGAAUCCGUUCCGCAAGCCUUGGGCGAAGAUCUUACACGGCACAGGGAAGAGACAUCAGCAAACAGCAAACUUCCGAAGUCUGAUCCUCUGCGAUCGCCUGUAGUUGUUCAGGUCAAAGAAACUCCAGAUGGAAAAGGCAAGAAUGCCCCAGGCGCCCAAAGCUCAAGCGGCGAGCCCAAACAACAAUCAUCUACAUCGAUAGUUCAUAGUACAUACGAUACGCCUAGUCUCUCUGAUCUUGCAGAGCUUGGGGUCAUGCAAAGCUCAGGCGACAAGCACAAGGGAGUUGAAGUGCCUAGCAGUGUACCCCAAGGCCCUAACGGCGACAAUACUGGAGACAUAGAGAUGAUAGACAAUAUCCCAGACGCACAAGACCUUAAUGGCGGGACGGCUGCUGCACAACGAUCACAACACAGGCUAGAUCAAGGGUCGAAGUCCACAUCUUUCUCCCAUGCAACAACCAAAUCCACGCAUUUAUCACCGGAAAACCGUGGCGUACAAUCAUCACCGGCAGUACCCCAUCUCGCUUCACAAUCCACCAAGCGCAAGCUCAUUAGUUCGCCGACAAAGAGCAAACGUCGACAAUCUAAGAGACGCGAAAUCAAGAUUGUCGGGUUUGGAGACGAGGCUCCGUCUGCAAUCGACCCAGUGACUGCAUUACGCAAAGAACGAGACGAGUCUCUACGCAGAUGGCGGGAGCAACGUAACUCUAGCACAAGCUUCGACAGUAGACCCGAGACUACGAGCAGGUUCACCACGGAAGAUCCAGACGCAAUGGAAAUUGACGGUGCUGUCAAAGUGGAGAAAAAGGAGCCAUCGCCCAGCAUGUCCCCUCGGCAUCAGGAUCUAUAUGACGAGCCGAGUCCCAGACAAGCAAAGCCCGUUGCAAACCCAGUACCUCAGCCGCCCACAGCACAUCCUCAGUUACAAGACCGCUCGCGUGAUCCUCGACCUCGUGGUCCCGUUCCGAUAACUAUGCAGCCUCCACCAGUAUCUUCGAAUCAAGCAGACCAAAAUGGUGCCCAAACCGUCUUUCAGUCCUUCAAAGCCACGUAUCCACAAUACGAUGGUGACGAGAAGCACUUUCGAAACCAAUGCACGCAGAUGUAUCAACUGGAACAGGAAGACAAGAUGGUACCGAAAUGGCAAUGGGACGACUUUGUCAUACGCAACAGGACAGACUACAGGCAGUAUGCCAUGGACUGUAUUGGUCAAGGAGAAGAUCCGGAGCCAUACCAUCGCUUCUACAAGAACGACAUCCGCGAUACAUUGUACAAAGAGGGCAUUAUCAAGAACACGAAGACGCUUGAAAGGGCACUGGAGGAGCUUAGUGGUGGACCACCUGCAAGACCAGCCGAGUCUAGACCGGCAGUCCAAUCUGCCCCGAAGCCAAAACCAGUAAGGAAGUCAUUGCCAGGUUCCUUCAACCAGCCCAAGACACCCACACAUGACCGCAUCAACAACGCCCAUUCCCCCCCCACCACCACAAGCACCGGCGACAAAUACCGCGACUUCGUCUUCGCCAUGCAACGCAGCGCCUCAUGGACCGGCAGCACUGAAGUGAGUCCCAAGCCCAAGAAGUGA